UCAUUAAUAAAUGGAAUACUAUUAGAUAUGAUUUACUAUUCUGCUCUAUUAAAUUGUAGUAAAGUAUAUUAUAGGACAGUAUAGUGGAGCCCAUUCAUUUAUUUGGGUCAAUGGAGCUCCAACGGGGCAGUGAUGACCAAACUCCAUACUUUUCUUUUCUGGUAUUUGCUGUUGAGGCAAGACGUAAAUCUCCCCUGAAAACAUAAAUCUGCCCUUCCAUCCAAUCAGCGCCGGGGCUCUGCAUCCUGCAGCCAAUCAUUAAGGUGCGUACUGGUAGCCCCGCCCCCAGGACUCAGAGCAGCUCCCACCCUUUGCGUCUCGCCUGAGUGACCUGCACUCUGUAUGUGUCUUCUGUCAGCAGGUCAGCAGCGCCUCCACCCCGACUACCAGCCACCAUGAGGGAGAUCGUGCACAUGCAGGCCGGCCAGUGCGGCAACCAGAUUGGUGCAAAGUUCUGGGAGGUGAUCAGCGACGAGCACGGCAUCGACCCACCGGGAUCCUACCACGGAGACAGCGACUUGCAGCUGGACAGGAUUAGUGUUUACUACAACGAGGCCGCCGGUGGGAAGUAUGUGCCCAGGGCCAUCCUAGUGGAUUUGGAACCAGGCACCAUGGACUCGGUCCGCUCUGGACCUUUUGGGCAGAUCUUCAGACCGGACAACUUUAUCUAA